AUGGCCUCCACGCCAUUCGCGUCGCCCAUGCUCGCCCAGGAGGCCUGGCUGGCGUCAGCCAGGGCGGGCCCCUUCUGGCCGUCUUUUGCUUCGUCAGUAGUGGUCGCAGUGUCGGUGGCGCGCGAGGUCGGGAGCACGGGGGCCGGUGUGGCGCAUGUGGCGUGGGCGGUUUGCGAGGCACCCAGACGCACCGCCCAGGUCGCCACGAAAUACGACGGAUUUGACCGUUGCCCCCGCGUGAAGACGUUCGGGGAAUUGUUCAACGCCAGGUCGCUGGCGGUCUUGACCUUGAAGAAAGAAUAG